AUGGCAAGCAAUACCUGUCAUCCUGACGAGUUCUCGCAAGAGAAAGCAAACCAAGACCGUACUGCAUCACUCGAGAAUGCUUGCGAGGUGGACUUUGCGACUCCCGGGCUCUCAAACGAUGUCUUCGGGCAAGAGGAUGACCAUGAUAUCAAGUACAAGACACUGCCGUGGCAAUUCACUGCUGUUCUGAUGAUAACUGAGAUUAUCUCAAAUGGCAUGUUAAGUCUGCCAAGUUCACUAGAUGCAGUCGGUAUCGUUCCAGGCGUCAUCGUAAUCGCAUUCUUGGGUGCAUUCGCUACUUUCACAGCUUGGCUGCAAAUUGAGUUUAAGCUGAGGCAUCCCGAGGUACAUAAUAUGGGCGAUGCUGGGUACAUCCUAUUUGGACCUAUUGGUAGAGAGAUAUUAGGCGCAGGAACCAUCAUGUUCGCCGUCUGUGCUACCGGUUCGCAGAUCCUGGCCGGCCAAUUGGCCCUUACUGUUCUCUCUGACGGAAAACUCUGCACACUUGCUUUUGCCGGAGUAUUCUCAAUCGCGGUGGCUGUUUGCAGUUUCCCUCGGACCCUGAAUAAUCUUAGUCGGCUCUCUCUUGCGGGGGGUAUAUCUAUCAUUACUGCAGGAAUUGUGGCUGUAGUUGGCGCUGGGGCGAGCCCAAUUGACGCGGGGAAUAUCGUAAUCGCAAGAGCAAGCGAUUUCACUUCUGCUUUUUUCAGUAUCACCAAUCCUGUAUUCGCUUACGCCGGUCAUUGGAUGUUCUUCAUUCUUAUCUCGGAGAUGAAGCACCCACAAGACGCGAUGAAGGCUGCGUGGACGCUGCAAAUCGUAGCCACUAGCCUCUACAUCGUGUUCGCCAUCGUAACUUAUUGGUAUGUCGGAAAAGGCGUCGCAAGUCCAAGUUUCCUCAGUUUAAGUCCGCUGUGGUCUAAGAUCUCCUUCGGACUUGCUAUUCCUAACUUGGUGAUUGCGGGAAGCCUAAAUAUUCAUACUGCAGCCAAACUCGUAUUCGUGCGCCUUUUUAGACGCAGCCGACAUAUUCACUCGCAUACUUUUGCCGGUUGGAGCGUGUGGACGUUGCUUAUUCUUCUAGGUAACGUUGUGGCGUUUAUAUUUGCAGUUGGGAUCCCCAUAUUCAAUUACCUAGUUGGAAUUGCGGCAUCCCUGUUCGCUGCUUGGUAUACUUAUGGCCUUUCUGGUGCAUUUUGGUUACACGAUACCUAUCACUUCAAAGGGGGGUAUCAUGGGGGGUUUAAGAGGCGCAUCAUGUUUAUUGCUUCUGUAUUGACGGUCCUUGCAGGAGGAUUCAUCUGCGUGGGCGGGCUGUACGCGACCGUUUAUUCGUUAAGAGAGGCAUCCGAGGCAGGUGAAUUACUCCCACCUUUCCAAUGCUAA